CCCCCAUCCCACUCCAUCCACCAAAGCUUAGCAAGCGACAACUUCAGACGUGUGUUGGAGAAGGCCGUAAACAAACAACAGGUUAAUUAAUUAACCAUCAUGGUGAAGACACAAGGUCUGUUGAUUGUCUUCGCAUGGCUUUUGGUUGCGGCAUUCAUUGUCAUGGCUGCCAAUCCCGCCACCGCCGCCGCCGGUAGGCCAAACCCUGAAGUCGCCAGAUGGGGUAGCCGUGGGUGGGGUCGCCGGAGUGGAUGGGGUUAUUAUGGCUACCACCACGGCAGCCACCACGGUGAUGACCACCAUGGGCACCACCGUCGCAUGCUGUGAACGAAGGGACCGGUGUGGGAUGGUACGAUGGAUUGGAGAGGGAUGUGGGCAUCUAUCCUUUAGCAAGAUGUUGGUAUAGCUAGCUAUAGCUUGUACCUUGCUAUAUGAUUAUAGUUUAAAUUUGCUUAAUUUCCGGUUGGUUCAAAUGGAAGCUUUAUAUACAUCAUGUACUUUAUAAAAAAGAUACUUAUGGCAAUUAUAACUGUCGCAGAUUACUGUGUAAUUCCCUUAUCAUUCUGAAUAUUAUACUACAUGAUUAAAUACUAUGAAUCAAUAGGUGUCCUGUGG